CAACCAAUCUCUUACCAUUUUCUCUUACUCCCUUCACUCUCUCUACAAAUUUCAUUUCCUCAAACAAAACUAAAACCCUUUCAAUUUUAAUAAACUCAUGGACUCAUCAAUAAAACUUUGUUACUUAGAACAAGACCACGGUUUAGCUUCCUUAAAAGACAUGGAUGUUGCAAGUUAUCGUGGCAAUAGUUUUGUUACAAAAUCUAUGAUAACCAUGGGUUAUGCCAAUAAUACUAGUUUCAAGAACCUUUAUGUUUCUUCACCUAGAUCUGGAAGAUUUUAUGAUACUAGAUUUGAAGAUCACCAACCUCACUUCCUUGAAGCUUGUUCUCUUUGUAACAAACCACUUGGUGGCAACAAAGAUAUCUUCAUGUAUAGGGGUGACACACCUUUUUGUAGUGAAGAGUGUAGGCAAGAACAAAUAGAGAUAGAUGAAUUGAAGGAGAAGAAUAUGAACCUUUCUUCAUCUAUGAAAGCUUUGAGGAAUAAAGAGCAUAGAAAAUCUAAUUCUUCAAACAAGAUUCAAGGACAAGAUUAUUCCUUUCGUAAAGGGACAGCUAUUGCAGCAUAGUUUUGCUUGAAGGGAAAAGGAAGUAAAAAAAUUAAAACAAAACCUUUUCUUUGCACAAACAAGAGUCAAUAGAGAAGGGAUGUAGCUGUAAAUGGUUUACGUUUGGAAAAGUGUGUUUGCUUGUUUUGGAAGAUCCCUUCAAUGAAAUGACUUGGUUUUUGGGUUUGUCUAUUUUUUAUUUUUUUUUAGAUCAAGGUUUUGGUUUUCCUCCUCCUUUUGUAAUCUAUAUUAUUGUGGCUGUGUUGUGCUCUUAUGGUUUCAGUUUUUCAAAGAUGGAACUGAAUACAAUGGUAGAUUCUUUUCAAUUUUUCCUCAGUCUAUCUACAGAAAUGUUCCACAUCUUUUCUUUGAUUUAUAUUUACUGGGUUCUUAUCA